CACUUUUACGUCGGUUCGAAGCUAGGGCUCCAAAGGCCGGGAGGCCGCUGACAUGGGUUCCUCGUGGUCUGGGCAAUCCGAGCCCCCGGCGUCCGCCUCUGCUGCCCCGGCGACCGCCUCUGCUGCCCCUUCGACCCCUAUCAUCCCCAACUCCGUGGCCCCCAAGUCCCCCGCCGCUCAGAAGGACCCGGUGUUCAAGAACUGCUGGAGCUGCCGUGUGCUCUCAGGCUCGGCACUCUUCGCGGCCGGCACCUAUGUGUACUUGGUGUCCCGGAGGCCCAUGAAGCUGGGAUACUCCCCCGGCCCAGGCACCAUCGCGAAGAUGGUCUUCGGCAUCAGUAUUGCCUGCUGGGGUGUGAUUGUCCUCACAGACCCCAAAGGGAAGGCCCAGCGGGUUGUGUGAAAGUACAAGCUCUCCUAUUCCUGGCCUCCUGACACACAGAGCAAGCCUUGGGGUUAUGGAUAUUCUGCACAGGCAUGGACAUGAUUAGACAGACUUCAUCACAGGACAUACUCCAAGACUAAGAAGACAUCAUAACAGUGACUGUUAUUCUUUGCCUAUGAAUGUUGGUGGGCUUUUUCCUCAGGUUAUACAGGGACCAGUAAAUCCCUUAGAGGAAAAAAAUGGCCCUGUGUCUUGUCCAGGGAGGUUGCGUGUGGUUUAAAUUAUAUGAGAGUUAAUUAAAUAAUUUUGAAAAAUA